UCGCAGGCCGGGUGAAGAGCGCUUCCUUGUCAAGAUGGCGGCUUCCUUGACUCUACUUGUGAUUGUAGCCGUCACAAUCCGUGCGGCUCUUUACAGAUCCAGCCUAGCGGAGCCGAUCGCAGAGAGGGUGGAGGUGGUGUCUCCCAUCACCGCCUGGAAGAGAGUUAUUGAAGGUUUAGCCCUGCUUGACUUGGGAGUUUCACCAUAUUCUGGUGACGUGUUCCACGAGACUCCUCUCAUCAUUUACCUCUUCCACUUUUUGGUGGAUUAUGCAGAAAUCACGUUUAUGCUGGCGGACGUGAUCGCCGCUGUCGCUCUUUACAUGGCGGUGAAGGACUUUAACAAGCAAGUGUUCAGAAAGCAGAAGUUUGCCCUGGAGGCGAACCGCUACCCCCCAGACUGUCUGGAGCUCAUCAGAAGCCCCACAGAAAUGCACUACAUCCCCCUGAAAGUGGCCAUGUUCUACCUGUUGAACCCGUUCACCAUCUUGUCCUGCGUUGCCAAGUCGACGUGCGGCCUGAACAACGCCGUCCUCGCCCUCUUCGUCCUCACGACGAUUAAAGGAAACGUGCUCCUGAGUGCCAUAUUUCUGUGCCUGGCCACCUAUCAGUCCAUCUAUCCUCUGACGCUGUGUGCUCCAGCCAUGCUGUAUUUGAUGCAGCACCAGUACAUCCCGGUGAACCCGCGGCGGGCCAGCUUCUGGUGGUUUGUCGUUCAGUAUCUCUUCAUGUACCUCGGCAGCUUGUUUGUCAUCGUCUGCCUCUCCUUCUUCCUGCUGGGGUCCUGGGACUACCUGCCCUCCGUCUACGGCUUCAUUCUUUCAGUUCCUGACCUGACGCCCAACAUCGGCCUCUUCUGGUACUUCUUCGCUGAGAUGUUUGAGCAUUUCCGCCUGUUCUUCCUCUGCGUCUUCCAGAUCAACGUUUUCUUCUACACCAUCCCCCUGUGCAUCAAACUCAAGGAUCACCCGGUGUUUCUGAUGUUCAUGCAGUUAGCGGUGAUCUCCAUCUUUAAGUCUUACCCCACUGUGGGCGACACGGCCCUCUACCUGGCCUUCCUUCCUGUCUGGAGUCACCUGCACAGAUUCCUGAGGAACAUCUUCCUGGUGUCCUGCGUCCUGCUGGCCUGUUCAGCUUUAUUCCCAGUUUUAUGGCACCUCUGGAUCUACGCUGGAAGCGCCAACUCCAACUUCUACUACGCCAUAACUUUGCUCUUCAACGUAGCGCAGAUCCUGCUGGUGUCGGAUUAUUUCUACGCCUACCUGAGGAGGGAGCACCACCUGACCUACGGGCUGUACCUGAAGAAGAAGGACGGCUCGGAGGCGACGCUGGUGCUGAAAUAAAAACUCUGAGAGGAAGAAACUCUCCUGGAACGCUGAGAACAAACCUGAGGAGGGAAACCUGCCUCCUCGGAUGGUGCAGACUCGUACGAAGACAUUUGAGCGGCUGCGUUUGAUGUUGCUGACGGUGAUGGGAUGUAAACACGUGGCUCCUGGGAACUCAGACACCGGGACCUUGCUGCACCGGGCUGCCUGCUGAAGAUUUCCUCCUCCUGACGCCGACUCUGGAGGAGGGAUUAUUUGGACGCGGUUUAUCCUCCAUCCAUCAAACGGAGGAAAGCAUUCCUCCGUGGAAGGCUUUUAUUUCAAUUGUUUCCUCCUCUUUAAACAUUAAAUAUAUAGGAAAACGUGUGAAUGUCCCAGAAAGUUGGUGAUUACUGAUCUCAGCUCACUGUGUUUUGUCUUGUUUACCUGAUAGCGGUUGUGUUAAAACUGAUUUCUUUACGCUUUAAACAGAAUGAUGGGAGUUAUUUAACAGUUUUAACUAGUAGAGCAGCACAGAUCAGGCUUUUCCCACCUGAUACUGCCCAUCUUUCAUUAUUUGACCUGCUGCUCAAGAGAAAACCUCCGAAUGAUUGCUGCAUCUCUUGUUGUAGGAUUCAUUGCUUUCUUUCCUCCUCAUCUCUAAACGGAUUCAGGAUUAUUGGUGUCAGAUCUUGUCAGUUAAAGGCUGAAGCGUUACAUGUUUCACAUUUUUACGAGCCGCUUCAACGCUCAGACCCGUUUCCUCAUUGAUUUCCUCCAUUUUUAAAACACUUGUUUGGGGUGCAUGAUAUAUCGGCAUUAACAUCGGUAUCAACCAUUUUUUUAACAUAUCAGUAUCGGUCCGAUAAGCAAACAGGCCGAUAUUAACAAACAAUGUUUAUUUCCAGCUAGUUGCUCUUUAUACCUGUGUUUAAAUAGGGGGAGGUGAGGGGGGUUGGUCAUGUUAAAGUGACAGUGAUGCAUCACAGCCAGCAUUGUUUUUUGUUUUUUAACUGAAGCAGAGAUAAGAAAGCAGUGUGUAAGUCUAGACUAUAACCCACAUUUAAAAAUUCAAUUAGAAUAGUUUUCAGUCGGUACAAACUUUUACAAAAUCUAGGCGUCACAGAAAUGUAAAUGUUUGUAUAUAAAUAUAUACACACAUCGAUAAAUACCGGUUAUCAGACACAACAGCAAUAUUAAUAUCGGAAAUCGAUAUCAGCCCAAAUUUUCAAAUCGGUGAAACCCUAACUUGAACACAUCUUGACUCCAUUUUAUUCUAAAAUACGUGGAUAAUGUCUCAGACAUGUUUAGAUACACAUGAUGAGCAGGAAAA